AUGUCCGGGCGCGGGAAGCAGGGCGGCAAGGCGCGCGCCAAGGCCAAGUCGCGCUCGUCGCGGGCCGGGCUGCAGUUCCCCGUGGGCCGCGUGCACCGGCUGCUGCGCAAGGGCAACUACGCGGAGCGCGUGGGCGCCGGCGCGCCCGUGUACCUGGCGGCCGUGCUGGAGUACCUGACGGCCGAGAUCCUGGAGCUGGCGGGCAAUGCGGCCCGCGACAACAAGAAGACGCGCAUCAUCCCCCGCCACCUGCAGCUCGCCAUCCGCAACGACGAGGAGCUCAACAAGCUGCUGGGCAAGGUGACCAUCGCGCAGGGCGGCGUGCUGCCCAACAUCCAGGCCGUGCUGCUGCCCAAGAAGACCGACAGCCACAAGGCUAAAAGCAAGUGAAACAAAUCCGAGGAGCGUUCCCACCUCAGAAGUAACCCAAAAGGCUCUUUUCAGAGCCACCCACGUUCUCAUAAAAGGAGCUGAACAUCCUAGCAAAAAAACAUACUAAAAUCUCUUAGUCUCCUCAAAAA